CUCUUCCGGGAAAAGAACGAAAGUUUGCCCUUUCCCCUCCCUGAGGGACGUCCUCGGACUCCAUGUGGUGUGAGUGUGUGAGCUGUGGCGCCGGUGCCGACUCACGCUUCCAGGCCUCUCUCCCGCCGCGGAGACUUUGACGGGAACUCCCCCCGAGGGCUGCGUUGGUGCCGUCCGGGCCGGUCACGUGGGCGACAAGAUGGCGGCGCCCGGAGCGCGCUGCGAGCGUCGCGGUUGGUGACACUCAGGUGGCGGCGGAGGGAGCGGGCGGGCUCGGCGUACCUGGUCUUCCGCAGGUCGCUCGGGCGUUCCGGCCGCAGAGAGCGCGGUCCCGCAGCCCCAGAGCCCCCAGCUUCGGCCCCGGCGGGAGGGAGGCGGCGGCGCCAUGGUCACCGAGCAGGAGCUGGAGGCCGUGGGGCGCGCGCUGGCGGAUCCCCGGCAGCCCCUGCACGCCCGCUUCCGGGCCCUCUUCACCCUCCGCGGGCUCGGCGGCCCCGGGGCCAUCGCCUGGAUCAGCAAGGCCUUCGGCGACGACUCAGCCCUGCUCAAGCACGAGCUGGCCUACUGCCUGGGCCAGAUGCAGGACCCGCGGGCCAUCCCCGCGCUCCUGGACGUGCUGCGGGACACGCGCCAGGAGCCCAUGGUGCGCCAUGAGGCAGGGGAGGCCCUGGGGGCCAUCGGGAACCCGGAAGUCCUAGAGGUCCUGAAGCAGUACUCCGCCGACCCUGUCAUCGAGGUGGCUGAGACGUGCCAGCUGGCCGUCAAGCGGUUGGAGUGGCUGCAGCGGCACAGCGGGGAGCCCGUGGGGGCAGGGCCCUACCUGUCGGUGGACCCGGCGCCUCCAGCUGAGGAGCGCGACGUGGGGCGGCUGCGCGACGUGCUGCUGGACGAGGCCCAGCCGCUCUUUGAGCGCUACCGCGCCAUGUUCGCCCUGCGCAACGCCGGCGGCGAGGAGGCCGCCCUGGCGCUGGCAGAGGGCCUGCGCUGUGGCAGCGCCCUCUUCCGGCACGAGAUCGGCUACGUCCUGGGCCAGCUGCAGCACGAGGCGGCCGUGCCCCAGCUGGCGGCGACCCUGGCCCAGCCGGCCGAGAGCCCCAUGGUGCGGCACGAGUGCGCCGAGGCCCUGGGCGCCAUCGCCCGGCCCGCCUGCCUGGCCGCCCUGCGGGCGCACGCGGCCGACCCCGAGCGCGUGGUGCGCGAGAGCUGCGAGGUGGCCCUGGACAUGUACGACUACGAGACGGGGCCGGCCUUCCAGUACGCGGACGGGCUGGAGCAGCUGCGCACGGCCCCCGCCUAGAGCCGCCGCCCCUCCCCUGCGGGGCCCCGGGGCCCCGCGGCCUGGCCUCCCGUCCCCCUGGGGCUCUGCUCCGCUAGAUCCGCCUGCUUUUGCAUCUUGACCCCCCUGGGGCCAGUCUGAGGCUCCUGUGUCCCCACUGAGGGGCCUCGGUCAGAAACCAGGGGUGCCGGGAAAGCUGCCGUGGGCAAACCCAACCCGCUUGGGCCUGGGCAGAGGCCUCUGACUCCCCAGUCUGGGACUAGGUAGGGAGGGGAGAGAGGAGCCCACCCCAGGGUCCAAAUGGACUAUUAAAUUAUUUUUGCUGA